CCGCUUGAUUCGCGCGCUUUUGUCACCUGUUGCGUUUUGACGGUAUGCGCGCGUGCGAUUGUUUCGGUUUCCUCGUAGAAGCACGAAAAGUCAGUGAUAGCUUAACGCCUUUCGUGACGUGUUUCUCGUGCCGGUGUCUCGAGCGAGUGUGUGUCUCGUUGCGAGAAGUGCGGAGUGCUUAUUUUAUGCAUGCGUAUUUAGCUCGCGGCGUGACAUAACCUACAUCGUGAAAUGAUACAGGCAUACAGGCAACCGGUCGCCGGUGUGGAACAUUUGCACCACGACGGACUUAUCGUUCUUACAUGUUGGCGUUGACGAAAUGGAAAUCGUCUCGUUAAUUUUGGAAAAACAAACUCGGUUGUCAUCGACGUUUUUUCGACGAUUGUCGAGAAGUUUUUAAGUUCGAAAACAGAAUAGUGACGGAGUAAUUUUUCAAUUAUUUACUUUCUUAUUCUGUGAGACAAAUUGUCGAGAAUGUAAAUUUAAACAAACUUUUUAUCUCCAGAUUUUUACUGGACUUUGUUAUUUUCAACAGCAGGUUAAUAAAGUUAAAAACAAAGUUAAUGUGUAUUGCUAUUAAUUAUUGCAGCAUAUAAAAAUACUGUGCAUGUAGAAAUUAUCUAUAGUCCAAAGGAUAAAUACAUACAUUGAAAAUUUCAUUACAUACAUUGCAAAUUACUUAAGCAAGAAUGGCAGAUUAUCUUUCUGCUGAACUCACUGCCACUUGCGCUGCGAUUGGAUAUUUUGAUGGAACUACUUAUCACUUAGAUAAAAAUUGCUUAGAUGUCAUAAAGGAUCUUAUUAGAUAUCUUAAGAGAGAUGACGAUACACACACUAUAAGACGUUUUCUUGGACAAACAAAGUUACUUCAGACAGACCUCGUAAAGAUUCUUAUACAUCAUGUUAAAAAUAUUGAACUUUGGGAUGUCUUACUGCGAUUACUUAUUAAUUUGACAAGCUCCGCAUUUGUGAUUUAUAAUGAACAGAUACCAACUGAGAAAACAACUUAUAGUUUGUAUCAACAAAUUGUUUCAUAUUUACAAGAAUACAAGGCAGCAUUAACCGACGAGAAUGUCUGGUUAAUAGUAGCUGGUCGUUUGGGGAAUCUACUUAAUAUUGAUAGUACGGAAAGAGAUGAAGAAAAUGAGUUAACAAUUGAAAGAAUACUUGUUUUUAUUAGAAAUGUACUGCAAGUACCACCUAAUGACAAUGAUAAACGAGCUGAUGAUGAUGCUACUGUUCAUGACGAGGUGUUAUUUGCGUUUCAUGCGUCAGGCAUAGUGGAUAUUUUAUUGUUUAUUGUCAGUAACAAUAAAGAGCAACAAUAUCACAUGCAAAUUUUAGAGAUUAUAUCUUUAAUGUUACGUGAGCAAAAUGCAAGCCUGUUGGCUGCAUCUGGGUUACAACGUAGUACCGCUGAAAGGGAAAAUGAUGAGGCUAACCUUGUAGCCUUGCGACAAAAAGAACUGCGUGAAAAAAUGGACAAAAUAAGAAGAUAUGCUGGAUCAAGACAUUCACGAUUCGGUGGUACUUAUGUUGUGCAGAAUAUGAAAGCUACUGGAGAAAAUCAAAUGAUAUGUCAUAAACCGUACCAAAAAAUCGAAGCAUUGGAGUUUGGUCACAAUAAGAAAAGAGUGAGGCGACGCAAAGAUCAAAUGAGCCUGCAAGAUUUCAAAGAGGAACGCACAUCUGCCCUCAGCGUGCGUCUCUUUCUAAAAGAGUUUUGCGUAGAAUUUCUAAGCGGGGCUUAUAAUCCCGUGAUGAAAUUCACUAGGUCUUGCUUUAUCAAUGAUACUCACGGUCAAGCAGUGGAAACGGCUGUAUACCUGUGGACCCUGCGCUUCUUCAUGGAGUUCAAUCGACAUUAUAAGUUUCAAGUGAAAUAUGUGAGCGAAACUAUAUCCACAGAAGUGUUUUACCUAGUGCAAAGACAAAUGGAACAAUACUACGAGAUGAUGAUAGUUGAUAAAAAAAAGAUACCGCUUUGGUCUCGUAGAUUGCAUUUGGCGUUAAAAGCAUAUCAGGUAGGAAAUUGUACGAUAAUCAGCAUUGCGUGUAAAUGUUUCAAGAAGAUAAGGAAAAUAUAUCUCACGUUUCAGGAGCUUCUUAAUACUCUUAUGAUGAUGGAUAAGAAUAGAGACGAUGGUGUUAGAGAAUCCAGCAAGAUAAUUAAAAGUAAUAUCUUUUACGUCCCGGAAUAUCGUGAAACUAUACUCUCUCAGCUUUUGUGCUUCGACGAGGUUAAAAUGUCACGGCAAUACUUAGUGGAUCUUAUAACGACUGUUCACAUAUUUCUAAAAAUGCUUGAACACUUCUGUCAGAAAGGCCAACGAGCUCUCGUAGUUCAAAAGAAAUCGAGGCGAAAAAGGGCUAAGAAGGGAAAAAAGCCUACUCAGGAAAACGUUACUGCAGCUGCUCCCACUUUGGAAGAACGUUGGGACACUGUUAGUCCUGAAUUGUCUGCUGUUAUGCGCGAUGCAGUUAUACCUGUAGUCAUGCCAUUUGAUGCAACCUUAGAUACGCCUAUCGACGAUCAAAAGGCGGACGCCAUGAAGAGGAUUCAGAAAUUAAUGCGACAGAGAAACUUGGAACAGGCAGUUGGUCUCCUACGUGCAGCAAGAGAGAUCUGGCCAGAGAAUGAUUGCUUCGGAAAAGUGGACAUACUUCCCGAGGAAGAAUUUUUGGCUCUUCGCGAAAUCUUUUUUGCAGAUCUGGGAGUGAUAGAAGAUCAGACCGUCAUUCAAGAAACAAUAAACGUAGAUGAAGACACUGGAAAUUAUGGUAGCCACGAAGAAGAUGAGGAAGAAGAGGAUGAAGACGAGGCAGAAGAGAGAGGAACUGUUUACCAAGAGACUGAUUUUAAAUUGGAUGAAUUUCUUCAAAGGUUUGCCAAUGUGAAGGUGGUCAAGGCUUUGGCAUUACUAUUGCAACAAUUUGAAAAUAACUCGGUCGAAAUAAAUCACUAUGUAACAAAAAUGCUACAUCGAAUCGCUUGGAAUUGUAAAAUGCCGGGUAUGAUUUUUCAAGCAUCCAUUUUUCGGAUUUUUCAAAGAAUUCUCGAAUCAAAGGAUCCUACACAUAAGGAGCUCCAAAAGUUCGCGGUCUUCAUAAUCCGCCGUUUCAUCGAAGUCGCUCAGAAGAACCGGAAGUCGUACAUGGAGCUUCUCUUCUGGAAGACUACCCGCGACGCGACAGAAAUCGUGGACGGCUACAACGCGGAAGCGACUAACAAGAAAGUUUCACGGGCGACGUGGACGGAGGCGGAAGAGGAUGAGCUGCGUACCCUCUUCAUGGAGCAUCAGACUAACAAAUAUCCUAAAGAUCUAAUCGAUUGGCUAUUGGAGCAUAUCAUCAAUGAAAAUCGAACGCGACGUACCGUCAUCAAGAAACUCAAGGAGAUGUGCCUCAUCGUUAACUCUAAGGGCGUGCGAGCUGAAGUACAAAAGAGAUUACCUAAGGAGUGGUCUGAGGAAGAAAUUGCCCAACUUACAGAACUUUGGACGCAGUUCAAGGACGAUGAUGAUCCCGUGGAUUUGAUUUUCACCGGUCUUAGAAUAAAGCGGCCGAAGCCGAAGAUCAAGGAGAAGCUUCUGGAAUUAGGAUUGGCGCAGGAUCGCAAGGAGCUGCGCAAAAAGCGGUCCAGAAAAAGCAACCAUGGUAAAUCGUCGUGGGAAACGCAGGCUGCCAGUAAUUCUGACGGGAACGAAAGUUCAGCCACCGACGACGACAACGAAGACGACGAAGAAACUCGAAAAUCCUCGAAGCGCGGCGGCGCGCCUCGCCGGAGCGAACAGGGGCCGACGAAAAAGAAGCAACGGAACAGGCGGAAGCUACCGACGAUCGUUUAUACGGAUGCACAAUUAUCCGGUCUCCUGAAGGACGUCAUCGACAAGGACAUGAGAGAAGCGUUGGAAUGGAUCAAGGAAUCGCUGCAAGACGCUCUGGACGAUCGUGACGAGGAGAGCUCCGAGGGCAUACCCUUGGUGCCGCUGACAGAUUACUCGUCGGCCGCGAUGGAUUCACCAAGUUUUCAAAAGCUCCUUCGCGCCAUGGGAUUUGUGCCACCGGCUGAUGCCCAGGAAUCCUAUUGGCGUAUCCCAGCGAAUGUGCUUACAACCACGCUCCAGAAACGCUGCAAACUCGUCGGGGACGCUUUAGCCGGCGAAUUCAUUGUCGAGGAAACGCGUAAAGAUCAUUCCGACACUGAUGAGAGAAUGGACAACGGGAGUGAGGACGAUGCCGAUGUGUUUGAAAAUGUGAAGAAGUUCUUCGCGCCCAGAGAACCGGAACCCUCGACUUCCAAACAAUCGCAACAACCUAGUAAAAUUCAGUUAUCACAAAAAUCUGAAGAAAUAUUAACAUUAAACGAUGAAAGCGACGAAGCGGAAGCUCUAGAAAUAAACGAUGAACCGGAAAUCGCAGUAGAAACGAAUAAAGAAAAUAUAAGCAAUGUGAGAAACCGAAUAAGGGUUCUCGACAGUUCCUCCGAAUCGGAAAUGGAAAUUGAAAGGAAUAUUGAUGAUAAGAACGAUGACAUAAAGAGAGAUAGAUCCAAUUCUUCAUCUGAUACGGAUAAACCGUUCACCAAGAAACGUCGGCUGCUCGAUAGCGACGAGGAGGUAGAGUCGCUAAGAAGUGAUUAUGCCAAGGCAAAUGGCGCUCCCGUAAUAAUUAGCGAUAAUGAAGAAUCAUUGCCCAACGUGAGAGCCAAGCGAGCCACACUAUCUCACGUAAUAAUCAGCGACGAAGAAGAUUAGAAAAACAAAAUGCGUUUAUAUAUUCGUUACCCCAAAUAUUUAAAAUAUAUUCUCAAGCAGUCAGACUGUUGUCAAAAGUGUAAUGAAACAUAUUCUUAGUUAUUCUUAACUCUAACAAUAAUUAAAAUUAAAUUAACACAUCUUAUUGAUUAUUUUUUCUAUAAUAAGUACACUUGCCGAAUUUGAAAAUUGCUAAUAAAAAAAGCUGAGAUAAAUAUACAGUUUUGAUAGUGAAAAUUAUAAUUAACAUAUUUAUGUAUCGAAGAAUAAAUUUAUAACUUUAGUUUUGACCAAAAUAA